UUUUCUGAACCACCCUGUACCGCAAAAACAACAACAAAUCCCCUUUGCGUGCGUCAGUAUCGAUGUAAACAAACCCACCCAAAGCAAGUUCGGCCCAGUUCCGUGCCUCUUUCGGAGCAAUGGGCACCUACUGGACCAACUGCGGCCGCAAAAUCAACGCCAGAAUCGUGCAAAAGUCGCCAAACGUGCUGAACCUGUCGAUCGAAAACACCGAGCUCGUUCAGGAACGUUUGCUCCGGUUGAAGCUGGCCGCGGCCCUGCUCUUUCUGUACGCGUUCCUCAUUCUGGUCCCCACCGGGUGGAACCAGCUGUGGAUUCAUGGGAUUUUUGUGGUUUUGCUGGGGGGUGUUGCCUACAGUUAUACUAAAAUUGUGAAGAAUGAAAACUUAGUUCUAGUCAAAGACUUUGCCCUGCAGUAUUCUACUCAUUUCAUUGGUGGGGGAGCCAAAAACGUACUGAUUCCAAUCAAACACAUUCACGAUGUUGUCAUCAACGAAGUUUUUCAUAAUCUUAAGGUAGUCUUUAGUUUGUCAGUUUUAACCAAAGGAAAUUUAUUUAAGAAUCAACCGAUCGUGACGCUGCUCAAGCACUUAAACCCUCGCGUCGACUGUUUGGAGAUGAUUUACAACGAGUUGCACAACAUUUUGAGCUUGGAGAAUGAUUGAAAUCAAUACAAUUAGCAUGACAAACCAUUAAAUUUAGUGUUUCUUUCUGUCUAUCUGCUGG